UCUAUCUCGAGGAAGUUCGGCCCUUCAUUGACGGUGGUCGAGUGAUGCACCGUGCACUUCCGAGAUCAUUGUCGAUCUGGAAGGAAAAUACGCGGAGGACGCAGAAAAAAGGAGGACGUUUUGGUGAAACGAAAGAAUCCGAAAGAUCAAGUGGAACGAGGGAAACGAACCGACGAAAGAACAAAAACUGGGAAACCUAUCAGCCGCAAAAUGUACGUUAGCGCUUAGAAAAGUCGAGCGACAGAGGUGCCCGAGUCCUUGUUGAUCCCAAAAAAUUUCAGCGUGGAUGAUCGUUCAUGUUCUAACUAAACUCGGACUUAUAGUCUUCUCUUCGAAUAAUAGGCGACCAAAGCGUUCUCCAAAGAAUCUCUGAGCACUCGAACAGUAAGGGCGAAUAGAAUCGUGAUUAGAAAGAAAACAAUCGAUAAAGGUAGUGUUACCCUGAGAAACAAACCCUGGUAGGAGUGUUUCGAGAUUUAGGGUCGUUGGAUGGAGCUGGAAUUCAUCAUGGACGGCGGUGCAGAUGCUUUGAACGGGACGAUAUGGUUUCCCAAUACACCGUCGCCUCCGUACGAACAGCUGUCCCCAGUUCGUCAGAACAGGUGCGACCCCAUCGCCACUCAGCAUGCGUCAAUGGGAUAUCACAGUCCACAAAAUUCUUUAUGGCAGGAUAAAUACAACUCACCGAAGGAUUCCCCGGAGGACAGUGUCCAAAUACGUUCGAGCAGCGAGUCACCCCAACAUCUCAGCCCGUCUUCCGACAAUUCCCCCAAUUGCCAGCAGAGCAGCCUGAAACGUCGAGCCGGGGAGCCGUUGCCACAAAUUACGGAACUCGAGAAGAAACAUGCUAGGAGAGAUGGAUCUGUUGGGAACAAUGGUUCUGGACAAGGAUGGUCGACCCAAGUGGAAGAGCUGGCAGAACAUCUUGCCGCCGAUUUCGACGGAUCUCUGUCGGCACUUGCGGCAUCCGACCUCGCGACAGCCGUCGCCUCCUACAACAUGAGCGAAGCCCUGCUCGCGUUACCAUCGUUGACGGUGUUCAAGCAAGAAGCACCAUCACCGGAAAAUCAGCAAAAUUCCAAUUUAAACCACGUGUCACAGAGAACAAUUAAUUCGGCACCAGCGAACAACUCGAACGGCUCUGUCGAGGCUGACAGUAACAAUAAUGGGCAGACAGCAGCUAGUCUUCAUCAGUUGCUUUACUCCUCGAACGAGGAGUAUCCUCCAACAUCGUCCUCGGGAAACCACGUUUCAUCCUCUCAACAAGGAAACGAACUCAACGAGGACUGCCGUUUCCAAUACGUGCUUGCGGCUGCCACGAGCAUUGCGACGAAAGUCAACGAAGAGACGCUCACCUACCUGAAUCAGGGUCAAUCGUACGAGAUCAAAUUGAAGAAAUUGGGCGAUCUGUCGGCGUAUCGCGGGAAGAUUUUGAAGGGACAUCCAACGUUUUUGUUUCAGUCGACAAUACGCAUUUGCUUCCACGAGAGGAGACUUCAGUACACUGAACGGGAACAGAUGCUCGCAUGGCAACGCGCAAGGCCCGGUGAAAGAUUGCUCGAGGUCGAUGUUCCUCUUAGUUAUGGGAUGGUAGACGUUUGUCAACCGUCCCCGUCCAAUAAUAGCGUGGAAUUUAUGUGGGACCCCACCAAGGAAGUCGGCGUUUAUAUAAAGGUGAACUGCAUUAGCACUGAAUUCACGCCCAAGAAACAUGGUGGGGAAAAAGGCGUGCCAUUUCGGAUUCAAGUGGAAACGCGACUACCGGGAGGCCCUCGUUUGCACGCUGCAUCUUGCCAGGUAAAGGUCUUCAAGUUGAAAGGUGCUGAUCGCAAACAUAAGCAAGAUCGGGACAAGAUACUGCGACGGCCGGCACACGAGCAGGACAAGUACCAGCCAAGCUACGACUGCACGGUUCUGUCCGACAUUCCCCUAGACUCGUUAUCGCCAUCCAAUUUGGUCACACAAAAUGGAGGCAGCCCCUAUGCGUCAACAGAGGCAGUAUCACCUCAAACCCGCUCUAUAAGUGGCAAUACAUCUCCGGUGGUAGCGCCUUUGGCACUUUCGGUUUCCAAUCCGGGUAUCGUACCUCUAGUUCCUGCCUCUGAUGCUGUAAAGGAAAAUGUGGGAACAGCACCGGCUCUACCAUCGCCUGCGGCAAUUUUGCCAGACCAGUCCUGUAUCGAAGCUGAAGCACCGUCGUGUUUGGCUCAAUUGUCACCAGACGCAAACGCGGCACAGACAACCACGUGGCUCCGUGCUAGUCGUUUCAAUGCAUUCGAGUCCACGUUCGCGAGCUUCUCUGCUUCGGAUAUCUUGCGACUCUCUAGAGACGACUUAAUCCAAAUUUGUGGCCUGGCUGAUGGGAUUCGAUUGUUCAAUGCACUGCACUCGAAAGCGCCAACCCCAAAACUUACCCUCUAUUUCUCGUUGGAAGACAACGGUUCGCUUUGGAGAGUUGCUUACUUGGACAGUCUGACCAGCAGUGCCUUGAUAAACAAGCUACUGAACACCUUAAGUUUGCCCCACGAUCGACUACAUUCUGUACUCUUUCUUGGCCCCCAAGGUAUCCAUGUAAUAGUUACCGAUGAAUUGGUAGCAAACAUGAAGGACGAAAGCAUGUACUUCGUUGAAACUAUCAAAGAUAACACGAGCGAACGCUACAAGCUGCUUCUAAAGCCUUCAUCGCGUUCCUAAAGGAUACAACCAAUAAUAAAUUAAUUACAAAAUUACUCAGUAGAUCUCUCGUAUGUUCUAAAUUUGCCAAAUGUGUCUGUGAUUCGAUAAGAAAUUUACUACUUAGUAGGGCUUAAAAACAGCGUACUUCUUUCGGUUUAAAUUAUGACGAUGGAUUUUAUGAAGGAAUAUUUUUCGCUUAUUUAUUGGUAAAUAUAGAAGGUGAUGAAUUGAUUAAUCGUUAAUUAAUUUUUAUCUUUGGCGGCUAUUUUGUGCAAGUAGAUAGAAAAGAACAAAUAGGAACUUGCUAACAGAUAGACGAGGAGAUAUAACCAAACUCUACAUGCAAUACUCACUAGAAGAUUCCGCUGUAACUAUAUUUCAGAAGCAGUUGUUGCUUCUAGCGAUAAACAAGUUUUCAGCAUUACAAAAUAUACAUAUAUGUGUCAAAUUAUAUAUUUUAUAUGUAUUACUUUACAGGAAAAUUUUAAUUAUUAUAAAAGUAAUAUACAGGUGUCUCAGAUAAUUCUUUUCUCUUUUUAGAAUUUAAGUAAAUUACUUAGUUUGAAAAUUUAUUUAGGAAAGACGCAAGUGGCGGUGGUUACUGCAAUUACUCAAUUCUUGUGCCACGACAUGCAAAUUUAGUAUGCGAAUAUUGUUAUUGUUAUGACUAUUCAUCAGCGUCGAAUGAAUUGUUAUUUCGAAUUUACACAUUUUACCUAAAACGUUAAUGAACAAUGUCGCCGAUGAAUAUGAUCUCUAUGUACACAAAGCGUAAUAUUUUUUUAUUGUCAUUAAUUAUUACGAUAUCGAAUAGCCACGAUGCCUAAGAGGACGUAGAACGCAUCACUCCUAACGGAACUACUUUGCCAAGGCAAAGGAACAAGAAUAGAGAACCAAACCAAAGUUUCUAUUCUUCGAUAUUAAAAGAAUGUCUUUAGAAAAGAUAUAAGUGCCUUAUUUUUUCUUUUUUGUUCGUAGCAAAGUGUUAGGAUUUAUUUAAUUAGAGUUUGACUAUUAAGAGUAAUAAUGAUUGCUUUGCCACGGAAAAUCAUGUUCACACUAUAUCGCAGUACAAAUUAGAGGAAGAUCAAUUUUUCCCUAAACAUCUUCGUAAAUCAUGGACAACAUACCAAGUAUUAUAAUUUACUACCAAAUGUUAAAUCGUAAGUUAGGAAUCUUGCAAAGAAUCAAUUCCAGAAUUAAUGAUAGAUACGAAUUCCUGAAUGGAUGUCAAUAUUUACGAUAUGGCUAUUAACAUCGUUUUUCUAUAUUUUAUGUACAAUCGAAUGUACCUUCAAUAUGUGAAUUGAACCAGUAAUGCAUCUCAGUGCUCAAUACAAAACGCGUGUCGUUUACAUCACUCUAAUGAGUCGCGUAACAAUUGUUAGAAUCGUGUUAGCAAAUGGGGCAAAACUAUCUUUGUAUAUUUCAAUUUAGAUAAUGUGCGAAAUGAAAUUACAAGGAUAGGAACUUGAACUUCCACUGUAAUAAAUGGAAGUGUAUUAUUCGGAUGCAUGCUAUAUACAUAUUUCGAUAGAAAUUUCGGCGAAUAUGAUGUAUGUCACAAAACGGCACAAUAAAUAUCCUUUGUUGCCAAAAUAUAUUGUCCCCUAAUAAAUGGGUUUCAGUUUUUAUUCAUAAA